AUGAGCUUUCUGGACGCUUAUAGUGGCUAUCACCAGAUACCAUUGUUCGGUCUGGAUCAAGAAAAGACAGCAUUUAUCACUCUGAGAGGAACUUACUGCUACAAAGUGAUGUCGUUCGGCCUCAAGAACGCUGGAGCAACCUACCAGCGGAUGAUCACUCGGAUGUUCAAAGAUCAACUUGGGAAAACCAUGGAAGCUUAUAUAGAUGAUAUGCUUCGCCUUAAUGCCUUGAAAUGCGCUUUCGGGGUAGGAACAGGGAAGUUCUUGGGAUAUAUGGUCACUCACAGAGGAAUCGAGGUGAAUUCGGACCAAAUCAAAGCAAUACAAGAUCUUGAAGUACCAACAAAGGCUAAAGAGCUGCAGAAACUGGCUGAAAUAGCGGCCGCACUAAAUUGGUUCAUCAGCAAAUCUUCAAAUCGAAUGAAGCCCUUCUUCCAACUUUUGAGGAAAAGGGUAGCGUUUGAAUGGAGUUGCGAUUGUACCGAAGCACUACAAAGACUGAAAAGAUACCUCAGCACACCACCUCUUUUGUCCACUCCAGAACCAGGAGAAGAGCUGUACCUAUAUCUAGCAGUCUCAAAUCAUGCCCUUUAUGUUGACGGGUCAUCCAAUAACCGAGGCUCGGGGGCAGGAGUAGUACUUAUCUCACCAGAAGGAUUUAUCUGGGAACAGGCUCUCAUGCUUGGUUGGAAGGCUUCAAACAACGAGGCAGAGUACGAAGCAUUAUUGGCUGGCUUACGUAGUGCCAAACACUUUAGUGCAGAACAACUUCUUGUUUUCAGCGAUUCACAACUAGUGGUAAACCAGCUUUCCGGGGUCUAUGAAACACGAGAUGAAAGAAUGGCUAUGGACAAAAACAGCCAUGCUGAUGCUCUGGCUUGCCUCGGAUCAUCAGUGGAUACCAAAGAUGUUAGAAAAUUUUGGGUUGAGUUCGUGCCAGAACCAAGCAUUGCAUCUCCAGUCCUCUGUAGCAACUUAGAGUCGAGCUGGAUGGAUCCAAUACUAGCUUUUCUAAAAUCUGGCACUCUCUCCGAAGACAAAAAGGAAGCCAACAAAGUCAGACAUAAGUCAGCUCGGUUUUGGAUCUCACCAUCUGGGAAGCUGUACCGACGCUCCUAUCUUGGCCUUUAUCUUCUGUGCGUGCAUCCAAAUCUGGUUGAGAAUGUUCUCUUCGAAAUUCACGAUGGGAUUUGUGGAUGCCACGUUGGUGGAAGAUCCUGGCGCACCGAGCCCUCACUCACGGGUACUGGUGGCCGUGGAUGUAACAAGAUGCGCAGCAAUACGUACAGAAGUGUGAUAAAUGUCAGAGUCAAAGCACUGGCAAGUAUCAAGGAAGCAGACACAAAGCGGUUUGUCAUGAGAAACGUGGUGGUGCGUUUCGGCAUCCCACGGAUACUGAUUGCGGAUAAUAGAACACAGUUCGAUUGUAAGAUCUUCAGAAAGUUUUGUGUCGACCUCAAAAUCGAGUAUAGGAACUCUUCUCCAGGGUACCCGCAAAGCAAUGGACAAGCAAAAGCGUCAAACAAAACCAUCAUCAACGGAGUAAAGAAACGAUUUGAACAUGCAAAAGGCAAGUGGGUUGAAGAGUUACCCCACGUAUUAUGGGCCUAUCGAACCACAGCACGAUGCUCAACGGGGGAAACACCUUACUCCCUAACUUAUGGAAUGAAGGCCAUCAUCCCGCUCGAAGCAGGUCUCCCAACCCUUCGGUCUGAAUUAUUUGCAAGCACCAGUAAUGAGGAGGCUAUUGCACAAGCACUGGAUAUGGCAGAGGGCCGAAGAGAAGCAGCACUGAUCAAACUUGUAGCGUAUUAG